AUGUUAAAGCAUUGGAUUUUACAUCCAUUGAUGAAAAUCGAUGACAUCAAUGAAAGAUACGAUUCUAUAGACUAUUUAAUGGGUGAAGGCUCAAAAUUCAGAGAAAUAUUGGAACAAGCAUUCAAUGGUUUGCCUGAUUUAGAAAGGCUCUUGGCAAGAAUUCACAGUAAAACUUUGAGAUUUAAAGAUUUCUUGAGAGUUGUUGAAAGUUUCGAAAAAAUUUCAAAAUUAAUCGUUGAUGUUCGUGACUUUUCAGACAGAGAAACAGGGUCGUUACAUAAGUUUGUGAAUAAUUUUCCAGUGGAACUAGAAAGUUCUAUCAACGAAUGGGAUGACGCCUUUGAUAGACAAGAAGCAAUGCGUGAUAUUGUCGUACCUAUGAAGGGAAUUGAUAAUGAGUUUGAUGAGUCCCAUGCCAAAAUCAACGCUCUUGAAGGUGAAUUGAAUGAGCAUUUAAUGGUGUACAAGAAACAGUAUAAAUCCAAUGAAAUUUGUUAUAAAGAUUCUGGUAAGGAAAUAUUUUUAAUUGAAGUACCAAACAAGAUAAAAAAUAUACCUAAGGAUUGGCAACAAAUGGGAUCGACAUCGAAGGUCAAAAGAUUUUGGUCGCCAGAAGUCAGAAAAUUGGUUAGGGAAUUAAUGGAGCAAAAGGAAUUGCAUAAAAUGGUCUGUGAGACUUUGAAGUUCAGGAUGUAUGAAAAGUUCAAUAAGCAUUAUUCAAUUUGGAUGUCAGCCAUAAGGAAUAUUGCUAAUAUUGACUGCUUGAUUGCAUUGACGAAAGUUUCUGAAUCUAUCGGAUAUCCAUCUUGUAGACCAGAGUUUGAGAAAGCAGACAAAGGAUUGAUUGAAUUCAAGGAAUUAAGACACCCUUGUUUUAUUGGAACAAAGGACUUUAUACCCAAUGACAUUUGCUUAGGAGGCUCAGAGCCAAAUUUUGGACUUCUUACUGGUGCAAAUGCCGCUGGAAAAUCUACAAUAAUGAGAACAACUGCGUUAGCAAUUAUAUUGAGUCAAAUAGGGUGCUAUGUUCCAGCUUCUCUGGCAAGAUUGAACCCAAUCGAUAGAAUUAUGACAAGAUUAGGGGCCAAUGAUAAUAUAAUGCAGGGCAAAUCCACGUUCUUCGUUGAGUUAUCAGAAACUAAGAAAAUUUUAAGUAAUGCUACUCCUAACUCAUUGGUUAUCUUAGAUGAAUUAGGUAGAGGUGGUUCUUCUAGUGACGGUUAUUCAAUUGCUGAAUCUGUUCUAUAUCAAUUGGCAACUCAUAUUCAAUCAUUAGGCUUUUUUGCAACUCAUUAUGGAUCUUUAGGAUUAUCCUUUAGAAAUCACCCUCAAAUUAAGCCUUUGAGAAUGGCAAUUUUAAUUGAUGAUCAUUCUAGAAACAUCACCUUUUUAUAUAAAUUAGAACAAGGUGCCGCUCCUGGAUCCUUUGGUAUGAAUGUAGCAUCUAUGUGCGGCAUUUCUAAUGAAAUAGUUGACAAGGCCGAAAUCGCAGCUAAAGAAUAUGAACAAACUUCAAGAAUUAAGAGACAGAAUGAUAUAAGUAAUUCCAAUCUUAAUAAUAUGAGUUUAGGGUUACAGAGUGAUUUUGUCUGGCUAGUUAACAAUUACAAAAAGUUAUCUGAGGAUAUUUUGGAUUAUGAUGAAUCGGUAAAACAAAAUGCUUUGAAUAACAUCUUUAGUAUGGUAGAGAAUCUAUAA